AUGAGUGCCAGCAGCAGCUACGGACCGUCCGCUUCCGUUAGUGCCGUCUCCACGCCGAUCAAUGCCGGCAAUAGGCCGGAUUCGGCACCAGCCUUCGGAAGCUCGCACCAGGCGUCCACACCACCGAACUCGGGUGGAAAAUUUCUCGACGUCAAGACGGAGGAGAAGAAAAACCGCCGAACUUCGCUGCAGAUGCUUCUGCCCAAGCUUCCAUCGAACGACAGUGCCGGCCCUAGCCCGGGACCGUCCUCGCCAGGAAUCACGGGAUGGAACGACAACAGCCCCAAGAUCGAGUCAGGCUUCCCCGACAAGAACGAUUCUGCCAAACUCAAUCGAAAGGAGUCGUACAAAGCACAACGAAAGAACUACAGAAGGGAGAAGAAGCGGGUGGCAUCGGAGUUACUCAAUUCUCUGCAAGACCCGGCCGUCAUUGUACUGGCGGAUUGGUUGAAGAUUCGGGGGACGCUGAAGUCAUGGACAAAGCUGUGGUGUGUGCUUAAGCCAGGCCUCCUGUUCAUCUACAAGAGCCCGAAAACGAAGAGCAGCCAUUGGGUCGGUACGGUGCUGCUCACAUCCUGCCAGGUGAUCGAGAGACCGAGCAAAAAGGAUGGAUUCUGCUUUAAGCUGUUCCACCCGCUGGACCAGACAAUCUGGGCACCGCGUGGUCCGGACAAGGAAACGAUGGGUGCGGUGGUACAGCCGCUACCGACAUCCUACCUAAUCUUUCGCGCCCCCAGCCAGGCGGCGGGCAAAUGCUGGAUGGACGCACUGGAGCUAUCGUUGCGCUGUUCGGCGCUGCUGGUCCGUUCCGUGCCGAACAUUGACACGAAUCUGAGCGAGGGGGCAACUAGCACCACGCACGAAACGCAGUGGUCCGAGGCGGAUUAUGAAAAACACUUCGAUGAGCAUGCUCCACGUCUGAAAGAACAUUUGAAUUAUCUGCUCAAGUACCUUCCACCAUCCCCGCCGGAGAAGAACAACCUGCGUGUAGAACCGAUAGAAAAAUCCCUGCCCCGUAGCGCUUGCCCCUCGCCGACACCGAUCUUUCAGCAGCUCUAUCUGGCGGUAGCGCACUGGGAGCGGUAUCUGCGAGAUUCACCGGAAUUUUUCCGCUGCCGGUCGGUUGACAUCGGUGGGCCGCUGCGUCGGCGCAUGCCAUCAUCGUCCGGUACGGUUUCACCGGCCGGUGCCGAUGGAGACGAGGAAGAGGACGAGGAAGUGUUUAAGGCUAGCAGUCAGCAGGACGGUGCAAUGCUGAUGGCCGGUGGCAGGCGACGUAAUUCGUAUCAGGUCGGCAGCAACAUUGUGCCGGCCGCGUCCGACGCGGGCAAACUAAUGGCGGCUAAUGGGUCGGAGAAGCUACGACGUCGCAGUUCGCCGGCCGAUUUCUCCAAAGGUCACCAUGGCAUCACAAUACGCAUCUCUGACGAUCAAUAUUUGGACAUUGACAGCCAGCUGGAUCAAGGCACGAUGGUAUCCGCAGGCGAAUCGGACUCUGAGUCAGACUUGGGCGAAGGCAUGGAUGUGGAAGAAUUUCCGGAAACGCCUUAUGUUCACUCGCCCGAGGAAGAGUUUGGUGCGGCUGGCGAACAAGUGGAAGAAUUGCCGGAGGAGCAUAAAAGUUUGAUCUGGUUCCUGGUAAAACAGGUGCGCCCUGGAAUGGAUCUCAGCAAGGUGGUGUUACCGACGUUUAUACUAGAACCUCGCUCGUUUUUGGAUAAACUGGCCGACUCGUACUACCAUGCCGACAUUCUUUCGAAGGCAGUGCUGGAAGACGAUCCAUUCACUCGCAUGAAAACUGUCGUCCAAUGGUACUUGUCCGGGUUCUACAAGAAGCCGAAGGGACUGAAAAAGCCGUACAACCCCAUUCUGGGCGAAACGUUCCGGUGUUACUGGCAGCACGAUAACGGCAGCAGAACAUUCUACAUCGCCGAACAGGUGUCCCACCAUCCGCCGGUAUCCGUGUUUUACGUCACAAAUCGCCAGGAUGGAUUCUGCAUCAGCUGUAGCAUACUGGCAAAGUCCAAAUUCUAUGGCAAUAGCACAUCGGCCAUCCUGGAGGGUGUCGCCACGCUGACACUGUUACCUCGCGGGGAAUGUUACACACUAACCGUACCGUACGCGCACUGUAAGGGAAUCCUAAUGGGGACGCUUUCGAUGGAGUUAGGUGGCAAAGUUUCGAUCGAGUGUGAAAACACGGGUUACAAAACAGAGCUGGAGUUUAAGCUGAAACCGUUCCUGGGUGGUAACGAGUACACGAAUCUUGUGGUGGGCAAGCUAAAGCUCGGCAAGGAAACGAUGGCUAGCAUCAACGGGCACUGGGACAGCGAGAUACGGAUAAAAGACUCGCGCACUAACGAGGAAACGGUUUUGUUUAAUCCUACGCCGGACAUACGAGGUCACCGUCUGAAACGUUUUACCGUACCGAUGGAAUCGCAGGGUAUGAACGAAUCGGAACGGCUCUGGCAGCACGUUUCGGCUGCCAUUCAUCGGGACGAUCAGGUAGGGGCAACGGAGGAAAAGACGGCCCUCGAAGAGGCGCAACGAAUCUCGGCCAAAGAACGGAAAGCGACCUGCACCGAAUGGGUGCCGCUACUGUUUCAGCAGGACUUUGUUACCGGCCAGUGGCACUAUAAGUUUGCCGAUCUGCGCCCUUGGGAUCCACGGAACGAUCUGCGACAGUAUGAGAGUAACUAUCGGAUUCAAACGAAAACUCGACACCAGGCGCCGAUGGUGCGUACGGCAUCGGUCGUAAGCACCGAUCCGCUGAACAUACUGCAGGUGGAUUCCCGUGGUUCAUUGCGUAAAAACCGCUCCGGGCCAAUAAAGUCAAGGAAAAUCUCUUCCAACACAUCGACACCGGAUCUGAAUGAUCCGAACUCGGAUUCUAGUCAUUCAAACGACCAUGACACGGUACUUUCUAGCACAAGAAUCAUGCAAACGCUGGAUGACAUCAAUAAAAAGCUGGAGGAGCAUUCGAAGAAGCUUGUUAAACUGCAGUUGGAUAUGGACAAAAUACAUUGGGCACCGCCACGCAGACCGCAGUUAAACGUGGACGGUCCGAUGGCUAUAUUCACGUCGAUUAACGUUAGGACCGUGGUGUUCGUUGUUAUUGGAUUAUUGAUACAGUUGUUAAUUUCAUGGUUUCUCAUAAAACGUACGCUUGCCACGGUGAUCACACCCGGGAGCAGGGGGGCCGAUGGGGGAGGUGACGGCGCGAGUCCAGCAAUCAAUGGAAAUUAA